GUGAAAACGACAGAAGGACCCAGCUCUGUCAUCUUGUUUUGCAGGGGAUUUAGCAGAACGCAGCUGUGGCGGUCCAGGAAUAACCAUGGAAAAGAUCCUGAAAGCAGAAUUGAAAACCUCCACCCUGAAGGCACUUAGGAGCUCGGGAGGAGGAUGCAUCAGCCAAGGCCAAGGUUAUGAAACAGACAGCGGACGAGUAUUUGUUAAAAUCAACCACAAACCUCAGGCUAGAAAAAUGUUUGAAGGGGAAAAAGCAAGUUUGGAAGCCAUUCAGCAAACCAAUAUUGUGCGAGUGCCCCGGCCCAUGAAUGUGAUUGACCUGCCUGGAGGAGGAGCGAUGUUUGUCAUGGAGUACCUGAAGAUGAAGCACCUCAGCAAAUAUUCCUCAAAGCUUGGAGAGCAGAUAGCAGAUCUUCAUCUUUAUAACCAGAAACUUGGAGAGAAAUUGAGAAAGGAGGAAAACACAAUUGGUAAAGGAGCUGGUCACUCUGAGUCUCAGUACGUGGCUCAGUUUGGAUUCCAUACAGCGACUUGCUGUGGUUAUAUACCGCAGGUGAAUGAAUGGCAGAGCGACUGGCCUUCCUUCUUUAUCCGUCAUCGUCUCCAAGCUCAGUUGGAUUUGAUUGAAAGAGAUUAUGGAGACAGAGAAGUCAGAGAGCUUUGGUCACAACUAAAACCUAAGAUUCAUGAAAUGUUCUGUGACAUAGAAGUUAUUCCUGCUCUCCUGCACGGGGACCUGUGGGCAGGAAAUGUGGCUGAGGAUGACUCUGGACCAGUGAUCUUUGACCCUGCUUCCUUCUAUGGCCAUUCGGAAUUUGAACUGGCCAUUGCUGGGAUGUUUGGAGGGUUUAGCAGCUGUUUUUUCUCUGCAUAUCACAGUAAAAUACCCAAAGCUCCGGGAUUUGAGAAACGAAACAAAUUGUAUCAGCUCUUUAAUUACAUAAACCACUGGAACCAUUUUGGAACUGGGUACAGGGGGUCUACCCUCAAUGUAAUGAGGAAACUGCUAAAGUAACCAAGGUUUAAGAAACUCUGACUUAUUCCCUUAGUAGUAAACAGGCCGUGUUUGUCAGAAGUAACACAAACUAGGAAUUGAUGUUGAUGAUAAAACACCUGACAUGCAAAAGGCUUUGUAUGCUUUUUAGCCUCACUAAAUAUUGUGAUUGUGUAAUUUUCACCUUAUACACUCACUUGCUAGCACAGGUUCAUACCCUGCUAAAGUAAAAUACUGCAUUGUUUGUGAGAGCUCCGUUAGGUUGGAAAAGCAUUGGGAAAGUCAGCCUCACUCUACUCUGCAGUCUCAUUCCUCUGCCGUGGUUCGAGGUGCUUGCAACUUCCCACUUCUGCUGCUACUCUGCCAGCAGUUCAGUACAGAGAAAUGAUGGAGUGGGAUUGUAGUGCUGGAAAUAAUAAUGAGUUCCUUACAUCUCCCGUCAUUUUUCUGGUUUAGUUUUCUGCCAUCUUUCCCAAGAUAAGUGUUGCAUAUAGAAAUAAUCACAUAUCUAGUAUUAACUUUAAUAUAAUCUACUGGCAUGCUUUUGGUUUUCUCUUCCUAUGAGAAAUUAAAUUACAGUGGUAUUUCAUAAAAGGAAUGUCUCUGUAGUUCAUGAUAUGGCCAGAAAGUGAGUUGUUAACCCACAAGUUCGGAAGGAACAUAUCAUAGUUUUAGUGUGAUAUUUUAGUGUGUUGUACUAUGAUAGUAACAUACUUAAAUAACUUUGUAAAAAGAGAAAAAAAGUGGGAGGAAGGCUUAGUGUAUUGAUGACAAGAAAGCAUUUUUGGCAGCUGGUGCAACUUGGUGCUUGAUGUAUUUUCAGUUUUAGAAAAUAACGUAAGCAAAGCUCAUCUUUGCUGCUGCUGCUGGGUUAUUGAAGGAACACUGCCAAAUCAGAUGGCUUUAUAAUAUUUUUUAAGAUUCUUAACUGUUUUAGUUUUACCAAAGAUAUAGUCACUGAGAAUUUGGGGGGAAAACUGCAACAAAAAUGUUGGCAUACAGUGAGAGCUAGAAGACACGAACAAAUUCAAGUUCUUUAAUGGAAGAAAGUGGUAAAGAAAGAAUAUGUGAGGGUGAUCCUACAAAUACUGAUGUGAAUCUGAAAAUUUGAAUAAGAACAACUGUACAUAGGCUUCAGAUGGUUGUCAUUCCUAAAACGUUAUAUUAAAAACUCCUCAAAUAUGUUUGUACUUUUUUUUUUCAGCUUUAAAUGGCUGUGCUAUAGAGAUUUCAUGAACUUUCGAUUAGGUGAUUAUGACUGUUGGAUUUUAUGUUUGUCUCAAAUAUUGUGUUUGGUGGUGCUUGAGGAGAAAAUAAGACUCUGAACUGCUAUAACAAUGGC